UCCCAGCGCGGGGUUCAGGUUGUUUCCUCGGGAGGCAGGUGCCCCGUAUCCCGGGGGGGCCGCGCCUGUGAGCGCCGCCGUGACCAGCCCGGCUAAGGCGGCGAGCGGGGCCGGGCCUGGCGCCUGUCAGAGGCAGCGGCCGGAGCCUGGUGUCCGAUCGCCGCUGCUCCGUGACCGGGCGGGGCCCCUGGGCUCCGCGGCGAUCCCAGCCCUAGGGUGGAGGCUGCGCCGAGGGACGCCGGCGAGAGCUGAACCCAGGUUCCCGGGGAGGCGACGGGCGCAGCAGAGAAAGUGCCCGGGGCUGGGGAGAAACGUGGCCCCGUUCAGCGUGUGCCGAGAGCUACAGAACGAGGUCAAGCGAGCUGGCAAACCAGGGGCAGUCGUAUGUUUCGUUCGUCUCUUCCCUCAACCCCGGGAGUGCCUGUGGGCUAACCAGAAAGCAGGUUCUCCCGCUCUGAAAGCUUUUGUUUUCGGAGAAAAGCGGGUAUGUCCUUGGUAUCGUCACGGUUUCAUUGCUUCAGGGUAUUUACAACACAUGAUGUUGGAAGAGUUCUUUUAAUGUCAAACGUAAGAGUUAUGGCAGCACAUUGGAAGAAAACGUUGGUGAUCCUUCUAGCAGCUCAAGCAUUACUUAUGGGUGAUAGCUUUGAGGAAGAGGAUGUGCCUGAUGAAUGGAUUCUUCUUCAUGUAGUCCAAGGUCAGAUUGGAGCUGGAAACUAUAGCUACUUGAGACUAAAUCAUGACGGGAAGAUAGUACUUCAGAUGCAGAGUUUAAAAGGCGAUGCAGAUUUGUAUGUAUCUGAUACGACCCUUCACCCCAGUUUUGAUGAAUAUGAGUUACAGUCUGUAACUUGUGGCCAAGAUGUUGUUUAUGUACCAGCCCACUUCCGCCGCCCAGUGGGAAUAGGAAUCUAUGGUCAUCCCUCUCACUCGGAGAGUGAGUUUGAAAUGAAAGUAUAUUAUGAUAGAACAAUUGUAGAUUAUCCAUUUGGUGAGGCUUCCUACAACCCAGAAGAGAUGGAGGCAAGCCAGAAGCGUACUCAUUCACCAGAAGAUCAAUCUCAGGAUGAGGAAUCUGUCUUUUGGACUAUACUCAUUGGAAUUUUGAAACUAAUACUUGAAAUUCUUUUUUAAAAUAAUCAACUGGACAUACACUGGACUAGAGUGCACUUAUAGCCUAUGACAUUGAACAUGAAUGGCUUGCUGUGAGCAUUGGUACUCUUUUUUGUAAAGUUACCUGAAGGUUACUUUUUCUAUGCUGAAGAGGGGAAAAGCAAAGCCAUAUUUAAUUUUGUAUUGAAGCCCCCUUUCCACCUUCUAGAAGUAAAAUGAGCAGAAAGCACAGUAUUUGUAUAGUUUUCUUUAUAAAUCAGGGUUAAAGUGAAUGUACAAUAAAGGGAAUCUUAUUAAAAUGUAUCACUUUGAACAGGUGCAUAAGAAAAUGGACCUUGAUAAUUCACUGUAUUUUCUAUUAAAGUGACACUUAAUUUUAUACAAAGAAAAAGUUGUAAAAUCUGAAAGGUGGUUUUAACAACCUCAUCCAAUUUAAAAUAAAGAAUUAAUUUUCUAA